AUGGCUCUAUUCAGAACCACCAUGGACAAAUGCUAUAUUUGCGACGUCCCGUUCUGGGCUGAGGUUUCUCCUUCGCCAGAGACAGUGACCUGGAGUCAUUUGAACACAACUGAACUCAUAAGGCAGUUCAACAACAACAACAUCACUGAAAGUGAAGUCGCGUGGCUGCCGGAGUGCUUCGCACUGAGGACGCGCUUCAAUGAUUCGAUUGUCCCAGACCUGCAUAUUCCCAUUCAUUGGCCUUGCUACGAGGUUGUAGCCGGUGCGCUUACCGGUCGGAUUGGUAAUACCUCUCCAGUUCAAAAGGAUACGCUAGUCGAAGUAUGGACUAAUAUGACAGAGGGCUUCCAAUGGCCUCUGGACCACAAACCGGAUGACAGGAGCGAGCAUGCAGAAACCCCAGGCUUCUGCACCUCACUUACUUGCGAAAGCAAAGACGUGCGUGCCGCAGACCCCAGACCCUCUGAAAAGGUCACACUGAACUUGCGACGGGCCCUCGAGCAGAUCAGCCAUAAACUUGUUCUUCAAACACCGACGUUUACAUCUCCAGCCAGCCCUAAAGAUCAAGACCGGUUCGCAAUGUUGAACUACGACAUCACUUGGAUGUUAUCGAAAUACCUGACCAGCAAGGAGCUAUUGGCUCUCUGCAGUGCAUCACCCAGUGUAUAUAGAGAAACCACCACCUUUCCGGGGUUCUGGGCAUCCCGAAUCCACCACGAGUUCCCCUGGUUCGUUGAGGCACACGAAAUCCUGCGAGACCGUUCGAUCCAGCCCCCCUACCACCCAAAAAGACUCUACACGGCCAUACUGCACGAAACCAAGGUUCGAUGUGGCGUCACAGGUGCCUGGAUGCCCAUUGUCAACCGCAGAUACAUCUGGCAGAGGUUUUCUGGCGAAUUUGCUCGCCUCUACCAUAAGUUCCGUCGGCCGACGGCACUGUGCAAGACCCAAAGUGACCACAACACCAACGCCGAAGAUGUCAAACGGAACAUUGAAAACUCUGCCAUAUGUCCCUAUCAGGCCCGGGUUUCCUUCCCCGUUCCCUUUGCCCCAGGAAGCACCGAACCACCCAGCAGCUUCGUAAAGAAAGUCUUCUGGGUCAAGAAGUGGUCUCAAGUUUAUCGCCUGCCGGCGGGAUUCUUCGCCAUUCGACGCGACACGUAUUCGCCCGUCCAUUUUUGCCAGAGCUCCUUGGCACCGCAACUUGGAGGGUUUUACGUCGCGUCCUGGCCGCAGGUGUUCUUAGUAACCCAGCCAGCGGCAAGGAUGAUGGGGACUCUGGAUUUCAAGGAUCCUUUGCCAAUUCAGGUACCCCGGGACAUGUAUGAUUUCCAUUUGCAAACUUAUAAUUUUGGUAAUUACGAGACGGUCACUUGGGUUACGGGGAUAAUACUCAACAGCAGCCCUAUCGAGUUGGAGCAAAUACGCCGCCUCUGGGAUGACAAGAACGGGGGGAUCCUACCUGAGCAUGCCAGUCUCGGUAGGCAUUGCCAGACUGUCCGCAAUGUGGAUUUUUAUUUCGAGGGAGACAAGGUCGAUUGUAUGUUUGGCAGAAUCCCAGAGCUCUUCAGACGACCGUUUCUACCUCCCGAUGGUUGGAGUAUCGUGGGUUUUGAAUCUCAAGAUAUGGAAAUUGAUGGAAAGUUCAAUGCGCAGCACCUCGGCCUCCUCUGCGCAAAACGCCCCAAUAAUGACUACGACCCGUCGCCCCCAGAAUCAACGCCGCCGCCUCUGCCCCUGUUGAAGCAGCCUCGACUGUGGCGCUCCAGCUACAGAUGGCGACUUGGCACCCCGAUCUGGUCCACACCCGGCAUCCACAUGCAUGAGAUCGUCGAGCGAGAGGACACCAGCGAUCCACGCCAGUUCCCAUUGGACAUGGUGCCUCACUACGCCUUAAUAUGGGACCCUUUGGGCACAAACGAAAAGAAUCUGCGGAGCAUAGCCGCUGACACCAUUUACCGCCCGGGGAGCGACCUGGAUGGGACAAUCGUUGAUCUGAGGUUCGUUUGCGCUUCUAAUCUUCCAGGCAGCGGGAAGGACUCCUGGGCAGUGAGAGGAAAUUGGUGGCGCUCGAAUGAUCCCAAGCCGGUUAGUUAUCAUUUUAAUGAACCAGUAAAUGGUUGGGAUGGAGAGCGUAUUACCGGUGUCGACGUUGUCCUUGGAUCAGAUGGAGGCACCAGAGGAAUCAAAUUCCUGACCAAUCAAAUGCAACACCACACUUGGGGAUUUUAUGUAGGACGGCCGAGACUUGCCAGCGGCGAGAUUAUCAAGCAAUUGCGUGCCCCAGACGGCGAGAAGAUCAUCGGCCUCGUGGUGACAUUUGAGAACAAUAUUUGGGGGGAGCCCGACAUCAUGGCUCUCAGCUCAGUUGGCCUGUUGACCAAGGAAAUGGACCAAACCGGGGUGGAUCACGGUAAAGAGAAAGCGGAAAACGACUAUGUCGAGUUGUGACGGAUUUGAGUUAUGGUGACGUUUCUUUUUGAAAAGCUUUGCCCAGAGAAACCCAUGCCACAUUUUGAAGCUUUGGUUGCGAGGGGUG